AUGCCAUCGUUGCGUCUCAUCUCUUCCUCAUGUGUCAACCAAGUAUCAGCAGGAGAGGCUUAUCUCAAACGAAAGUCGGACCCAGAAAAGUGGAAAGCGGAUCUGUUACAAGGAUCAUUGUACAGAAAGCGUCGAUACAUGGAAGACUCAGAAUAUCGAAACAGGAUACUUUCGGCAAGUCGAGCGCGACACAAAGUAAACCAGGCGACAGACGAGACAUACCGCAAUAAGCGAACUAUGGCUUCAUUAAUUAGAAGAUGCACAUGGUUCCGUGAAGAACUACCUUGGAAGUCUCAUCGUCCGGUUCUGUACACUGAAAAGCUUGUGCGUCCAUGUACAAAAUGCGGCGUGAUGCGCAGGGAUGGGUUGAAGAUAUGGUGGGAGUCUGUCAAAUCAGAAAAUCAUAUCUGCCACAGUUGUUAUACAAAGGCAGAUUGGAACGAAAUGAUGCCAGAAGGUUUUGAGAAUUGCAGAGGGAAGAAGGAUCUGAUAGCACGAAUGCAGAAAGUCGGUACAUGGACAGAGCAAGGAAAGUGA